AUGGAUGAACUCCAAAACAAGUUUUCAUCUCCAUUGGAUAUCAUGUUAGACGGAGGUACAUCAAAAAUUGAUGAAGUUACAAAAGAGCUUGAGGAGUACUGCCAACAAGCCCUCAUCAACUCAGGAGCGGAGGAACUCGGAGGAGUCAAACCAAAACCCUUCCCUUGGUGGAACUCGGUGAUCCAAGAGACUCAAUAUCUACUCAAGAAAGCAACAAAAAGGCUGUCUAACUCAUCCCCGAGAAGCAACAAACACUUUCUUCGUUGGGUCGAGUCACUCCGAUGCAAACUAAAGAUACAAAUUAGAGACGCCAGGAAAUCGUACUGGGUUAAUUUAUAUGAAACCUGUGGCAAAGACCAUGUUUGGGACGUAUAUUACAAACUGAUGAAAUCGCGCAGUAAAACUGCUAUAUCGAGUAAGUUCCUUCAUGAUGGCAAUCACAUUGAAAAAUCGGAGGACAUUGCCAAAAUAUUAGCCGAGCACUUUUACGGUGAUACUAACACAGACCAAGACACUCAUAUAAAUAUGCAGCAGAACACAGCGCCACUGGUUGGACCCUCAUCCCACAGUCCCUUUGAGGCGCUUUCCCCAAUUGAAGUGAAAUAUGCCAUAGAUGACUUCUCUGACAACAAAGCUCCCGGGUUUGAUGGCCUCAAGCCCGUGGUGCUUAAGAAUUUCAGUGAUCUAACUGUCAGCAAAGUAAUAGCUCCACUUCUAAAUGCCUGUUUGAAAGCUGGAUAUUUCCCGCUCCAGUGGAAAUGGUGUAAGACUGUCCUCAUUCCCAAGAAGAGUGACGGACACGCCACAGUAAAAUCCUUCAGACCAAUAGGUCUACUUCCGAUAAUGGGCAAGAUCUUCGAAAAGUGCCUACUCUUGAAAAUGAAGAGUAAACUCACGGAAAUCCUGAGUCCAUUGCAGUUUGGUUUCCGGCCAGGGAGGUCAACAAUAGAUGCACUUUAUACAAUAAGAGAGAAAAUUAAAGAAUUUAAAAGAACUGGAGGACUUACAAUCAUGAUUACCUUUGACAUAAAGGGAGCGUUUGAUACUGUUCAAUGGAAGGAUAUAAAUAACAUCAUAGAGUCAAGCGGAUUUGAUGAACAUUUGCGGAAGACUGUCAGAUCCUACUUAAGUGGAAGAAAGACCACACUGAUUUAUAAUGAUGCCAGCUACGAGAUAAUCAAUACUCGAGGAACCAUUCAAGGCAGCUGCCUUGGCCCCACUCUAUGGAAUCUAAUUAUGAAUGAACUCCUCAAAGCAGGAGGUCAUCAAGACGUUUACAUACAAGCCUACGCAGAUGACCUUACGGUAGUUGCGAAUUUACCCAGAGCUAACAAAGAAUACAAGAAGGAUACUUUGUUAUCCGAGCUGAAGAGAAUCUCUGAUUGGGCAAAGAGACAUAAUCUCAGAUUUGCCGCUGAAAAGACUCAAGCAGUAAGGUUUGGAAAAGGUCCAUUACCUGUGAUACAUUUUGAGGACAAACAGAUACAAUUCACCAGCAGUGUUAAGAUCCUAGGCCUCAACUUUGAUGAAACUCUCAAUUGGAAUGCACACAUCAAUAGUACGAUAAAAAACAUAAGAAAGACGCUGCAAGGGACCAACAAUGCUCUUGGUUGGCCUAGACCAAGACUCCAAGUACUCCAAGUCAUAUAUCAAGGAGUCAUACUUCCCAAGAUUACCUAUGGUUGUGAGAUAUACGCCAAUGGGAUAAUUAAGGAAGGGAUUCGGAAACUUAACUCGUUGAUAUGCACAAUACUCAGGCGGAUGUCCUCCAUGUAUCGAACGACUCCGAAUGUUACUGUCCUUACAUUAACCGACUCGAGUCCCAUAGAGAAGUUACUGGAAUUCAAUAGGCUUAAAUACGAGGUACUCAACAGUAAGGCUAGCUCAUCCGAUUUGAGUGCCAUCAUCCCUGGGGAUCGUCCUCUAGAGGACAAGAUAGGAAGAGGUUUCUCUGAAAACUCGAUAUCGUGCUUGCAAAUUAAAGGUCAAAAAUAUUUCAACGAGCCGAUGGACAUCCAAACUGUCAAUGAGAGUGCCUGGCAGAUAUUCACAGACGGAAGCAAAACACCAGACGGAGUCGGAUAUGGUUUUUGCGUAAUUGAUAGCAGAGGUAAAAUUGUUAAGAAACAUAAUGGACCCUUAUUUGGUUAUGCCACGAUAUUCCAAGCUGAGUGCUAUGCAAUAACAAGGGCUUUGAAUUUUCUAAUGAUCAAACAUCGUACAGCGCCAAAAGUGAUUCACGUUUUAACGGACUCUGAGUCUCUCUUCUCUGCCUAUCACACCUGCACGACACAACACGAACUUAUUGAGGACAUUAGAAUACAGAUUUCAGAACUGAAGACCCAUGGUUUUCAAGUUACCCUGAACUGGGUAAAGGCACAUGUAGGCAUCCGAGGAAACGAGCAAGCAGACGAACUUGCCAAAAAGGGUGUUAAAUCCAAAAGAAAUAUUACAUACGAUAAAGUUCCGAGAAGCUUUGUCAAGAAACAUCUCAAACACCAGUUAAAAAGUAGGCGACUCUAUAGCGCUGAAAAGCAGUUGAAGUCCUCGAAAGAUCAUCUAUACAAGAAAAUAGGAUGGUUAUCGUGUGCGAAUCUGACCAAAGACAUUGAUACCACAAUAAAUGUGGAGGACAUCCAACAAUGUCAAUCUGCGAGCUCAUCCAAAAAUAAAGGACCACCGAGCGAAGUGUCAUCAAAGAAAGAUGGAAAGAAGCAACUCGAUAAAGUACCUGAACGAACAGAUGAUGCGGAUGAUCAAGACACUGAUAAUUACGUUAUACAAGUAUGUGCUGUUCAGUACUGUAAUUUUGUGGUUGAAGUUACCAAGGGUUAUGACUUCAACAGCCAUUACGACAUGUAUCACCCGACGGAGGAUCGGACCGUGAUGUACGUAGCAGAUAACGUCAAGUACCAUGAAUUUUCCAAACUAAAAAAGCUCUGGAGGGAACAGAGAAACCAAAAGAAGGUUAAUGCUUAA